AUGAAAGAAAACAAAGAGAAGCGAACAAAACUGUUGAAGACCCGUGAAGAGAGGAGCAAGCGUGACAUUACCACCUACAUGCUUGUUUUCAUGGUUACGGUAUUUCUCAUUACCGAAUUGCCUCAAGGCGUUAUGGCUGUACUUAAUGGUGAGUUAUGCGUUUUUUGAUU